AUGGCUUCCUCAUCCACCACCACAACCGUCCGAGAAACGGCCCCGUCCGUUCUGAAGCUUCGGCCUGAUGGCGCUUCCCAGAGCCAACAGCAGCCUGUCUUCCCACCCGGCACAGCAUUGGCUGACUUGAGCCGAGGACCAAACCCUCUGACCGGUAUUCCCGUAUUCAGCUCAUUCGAUGAGCAUCGUCGUCAUAUUGCGUUGCAUAUGGCAGCUGUCUUCCGCAACUGGGCUCGUGUCGGCUUCACUGAGGGCAUCUCUGGGCACAUCAGCGUCCGGGACCCCGAGUUCCGCCACCUCAUCUGGAUGAACCCCAUUGGCAGGCAUUUCUCUUUGCUCAGUGCGGGAGACAUGCUAUGUGUGGACAUCAACACUGGCAAGAUCGUCGGCGGCAAUAUGAACCGGCCUUUGAACAACCCGGGCUUCUUCAUCCACUCCGAGAUCCACAAGAUCCGGACUGAUAUCAAUUCCAUCUGCCACGCUCACACCAUCGCCGGCCGCGCAUGGUGUGCGUUCGGAAAGCCUCUUGACAUGAUCACCCAGGACAUCUGCGACCUCUACGGCGCACUCGCUGUUGACAACGAGUACCUCGGCAUCGUCACGGCUGAGCAGGAGGGCCAGAACAUUGCAAAGGCUCUUGGCCCCAAUGGAAAGGCCGCGCUCCUCAUGAAUCACGGCCUUGUCACUGUCGGCCACACCGUUGAUGAAGCUUCGUUCCUGUUCGGGCUUGUCGAUAGAAGCUGCGACAUUCAGCUGCGCGUUGAGGCUGCCUGUGGCGGUAACCCUGAACUGAAGAAGCAGAUCAUCAGCCAUGAGCUGGCCACUGCCAACGCGAAGAUGACGAAUGAGAAGCAUUGGUUGUAUGAGGAAGCGCAGCCGGAUAUCCAGAUGGAGAUUGAACUCGGUGAAGACAAGAUCACGAGCGGCAUGGAGAACAUCAGGCUUUAUCCCGAACUGAUGAACCAGGCUUGA